UCCGAAGAAGAGAGCAUGGCAUCGACCGACGCUGCCUCGCUGCUUCCCGAGAACCUCUCGCUGGGCGGCGGGCACGCCGCGCCGCAGUCGGUCUCUUCGUACAUGGGGGGCGACAGCCGGGGCUCGUCCCCCUGCGGUCCGGACCUGCCGCCGCCCCUGCCACCCGCGUUCAACGCGGCCGCGCUCUGCGACCAGUUCUGCUCGGUGAUCAACGGCUUCCGCGGCGGCCUCGACCCGCUGUCGUCGGCGGCCGCCGCGGCGCGACUCAAGAGUCCGUCCCGGUCGGUGGCCGCGGACGCCACCGACUGCCGCCUCAUCGAGUACCGCGGCGAGAAGGUGGCCGCGUUCGCGUACCGCGGCGAGUACCUGCUGUGCCUGCCGCAGGCGUUCGAGCUGUUCCUCAAGCACCUGGUUGGAGGCCUGCACACCGUUUACACCAAGCUCAAGCGGCUGGGCAUCAGCCCCAUCGUGUGCAACGUGGAGCAGGUGCGCGUGCUGCGCGGACUGGGCGCCAUCCAGCCCGGCGUGAACCGGUGCAAGCUGUUGUCGUGCAAGGACUUCGACUCGCUGUACAAGGACUGCACCACUGCCAGACAACAGACGGGAGAAGGACGAAGAACAUCACUACCGGGUCGACCCCCGAAGCGCGCCUCCCUGGUGGGCCUCGGCGGCCGCUCGGGCUACCCUCCGCUGCUCAAACCUGGAGCCGAGAUGGACUACGACGCGGUCAUUAAGUCUGAGAACAUUCGUUGCGCCGAGGAAGCUGAUCUGAACAUCCCAGCCGUGUUAUUCAAGAUGUGGAGCCAAGGUGCCCGUCCAACGAUGACCUCGGACAAGCUGUCCGCGAGCAGCGCGGCGGCCGCGUACCAGGCUGCCCUUGGUGUGUCCCCAAUGGAGCAGCAGGCGCUAAGCAUGCUGGGCCUGGGAGCCCACAGCGCCAACCACCCGUCGGCCACUGCCGCUGCCGCAGCAGCCGCUGCCUACCAGAGGCACCUGCUAGCCGGAGGACUGGCGCUGCCAUUGGCAGCGGCCGGCAUGGCCCAACUGGGACGUCCUGUCGGCGGACACGACAAGCUCAGGCAACAACAGCACCAGCAACAGCAACAGCACCAGCAGCAGCAACAGCACCAGCAGCAACAACAAGCCGCGGCACACGGGCUGGACCUGUGCAGUCCCAGAAACAGUGACGAGUAUGGAGAGAAAGAGAAGAUGCGUGCGACGGACCCUAAUAGAAGAUCAAUGAGUCCUGGAUGGCCUGUGGGAGAACACGAGCUCGCUUCGGCGCUCAACCUGUCUCAAAACGGCGGUGGUGGAGGCAUGCCGCCGCGUGACAGAGACUACGUCGACAGUCACCAGAGGGCGAGGGACGACGAUGAGAUGCAGGCGGAGUCCGAUUACGCCGACGACCGGGAGCAAGGUGACCUUAGCGGUGACGACUCGGAAGCGAGCCUGUCGAGUUCCGGCGGUGGCGAGAAGCGCACCUCUUCGCAGGACGGCGAGGCCCAACUCUUUAUGGAGCGGGCGGGUCUGCUCGCAGCUAGGGGCAUGGGCUCCGUGGAGACCCUCCUGCAGAACAUCCUCGGUUUGCUCAAGGUGGCCGAGGAGAACGCCAGGCAACAGGAGCAGCAGGUUCACAUGGAGAGGGCGGAACUAAAAGUGGAAAUUCUGCGGGAGCGCGAACUUAGAGAAGGUCUUGAGAAAAAGCUUCAGGAGGAACAGACCAAAAGAGUGUUCUACCAGAAAAGACUUCGACGCGAGAAGCGCUGCCGGCGACAGGUGCAAGACCAGCUUGAAGGCGAAGUCAAGAAGAGGGCACGGUGCGAGGAAGCUCUUCGCUCUACUCUCGUGGAGUCGCAGCAGACGCCCAAAGAAACAUUACAAGAAGAAAUCAAGAGCGAGGACACUAUCGCCAUGGAGUCAGACAACAGCGUUAAGAGCCGGUAGGUCUAGCGACACCGUCGUGCAUCCGCAACCCGAAAGCUCGCUAUGGACACCAAGCUAGCCGGAGGCCCGUGGCUCAUCGAGUGCGAGGAACAGCGUCGACAAACGUACACCACGCGUCCUUCGAAGCGACGCCAGGUCUCCGGUCUCGUCGACAUAUCCACCGGACAGUAUAGUGCGUGCAGCCAUAUCAAGACUGGUUAUUGUGCGGACACCAGCCGGUGUGCAAUUGUGCGUGUGUGAUUAUUUUUCCUUUCUCUUGUUUGUUUUGUUUUUUUCUUGUGCGAUGGUGGUAUGGACAAUGCGAGCUGCGUAUCGCUCGCCUCGCUGCAGCAAUUAUCACCAGAGCGGACACUCUCUGCACGUACGUUGCGCACUGAGAUCAUCCAAGUUCACACCGCAUAACGAGUUCGCUGGACCAAACUCUGUCAUCCCCGCUUGAUGACUGACUGACCGUGUUGCUGUUCGAACACCACAGCGAAGAGCUAUAUCUGGAACCCUUCAUGUGUUUGUGUGUGUCAUCUUGCGAAAAGCUUCACGUCGCUUUGUUAAGAAAGGCUGAAAAGCUUGAAUAGUUGACAAUAGAUAGCGUCGUUCACGAUUGUGAGCGUAGGUCACCUACAAUAACGCUUGCUGGAGACGCGAAAGACGCGCGAUGAGCUAAGUUGUAUACAUUGUCGCAUUUUGUCGCUUCGCGUUAGAAGGUUUCAACAACGCAAACAAAUUCUGGUCGCUUGACAACGAGCGCAUACUCUCAAAGACCGUGUCACUUUGGGACGUCCCACCGAUUUCUGGACUAUUAUCACUUAUUACUUAACAUACGAAUGGUAUAAGACACGCGGAGCAUGAGCGCGGCACAAUGACAUGCAGUAUUUGACCGCAGAGUACCCAGUUGCAGGUCACAUGUUCGUGUGUGUGUGUAUGUGCUGUAAUGAUGCUUGAUUGUGUCUGCACGAUGUCACUCUGGUCGUGAAACUUAACGAGGGCUUAACAAAGACAAAGAAGUAGAGUAGUAUUUACCACACACGUGUUUCGACGAAGAGGCAUUUCUUUUUCGCCACAACGGCACACUAGCCGUAAAGAGGCGUGUGCAUUCUUUCUGCCGGUGACCCAAGCGAAAUAUUUAGCUUGGACAAUAAUUUGUAUAUUUAUUCUCUGCGUAAUUCCUCGCUGGAUUCUAAGAGCGAGUGCUCUGAGUCACCUAUAGAACUUCGAGAUGUUCAAUGUUGCGCUGGCAUCGCUGGAGUGCAUAGUAGGGCCUACUGGUUUUCAUGUGUAUGUCUGUUUUGUUUGUGUUCAGUGCACGAUAAACUAUGAGAAUCUGAAACAC